CUUCCUCCGUGCCGUGGCUGCGCGGGGUGCGCGGCAGUGCCGGGAGGCAGCGGAGGCGCCGCCGGCCCCACGGGCGCCAUGUUCCGCCGCAAGCUCUCGGCGCUCGACUACCACAACCCGGCCGGCUUCAACUGCAGGGAUGAAACAGAAUUCAGAAACUUCAUUGUCUGGCUGGAAGAUCAGAAAAUCAGACAUUACAAGAUUGAAGACCGAGGGAAUUUAAGGAACAUACACAGUGAUGACUGGCCCAAAUCUUUUGAAAAGUACAUGAAAGAUGUGAACUGUCCUUUCAAAAUACAGGAGAGACAAGAAACAGUGGACUGGCUUCUGGGCUUAGCAGUCAGGCUGGAGUAUGGAGAUAAUGCUGAUAAGUACAAGGACUCUACCCCUGAUGGUGCUAAAAAUGCUGACAAUACAGCAAAGAAUGCUGAACCCUUGAUUAACUUGGAUGUGAAUAAUCCUGACUUCAAGGCUGGAGUGAUGGCUUUAGCUAAUCUGCUCCAAAUUCAGAGACAUGAUGAUUAUUUGGUGAUGCUUAAGGCCAUUCGGAUUCUGGUUCAGGAGCGCCUGACGCAGGAUGCCAUCGCCAAGGCCAGCCAGUCCAAGGAGGGUUUGCCUGUUGCUUUAGAAAAGCACAUUCUUGGUUUUGACACGGGAGAUGCUGUUCUCAACGAAGCUGCCCAAAUCCUCCGCUUGCUGCAUAUAGAGGAGCUCCGAGAGCUGCAAACAAAAAUUAAUGAAGCCAUCGUAGCAGUUCAGGCAAUUAUUGCUGAUCCCAAGACUGACCACAGACUGGGGAAGGUUGGGAGAUGAACAGAUAAAAGCUUUUAGUCCCUUGCAUACUCACUGCAAUUAGGAAUGACGUGCGACCCUGCGCAACUCCGGCAUGCUCUUUGAAAUUGUCUCCUUUUGCUGUUUUUGAGAGAAAACAGGAAAUUGAAUUCUGACUUCUAACGAAUUAUCAUUUUUCUUUAAAUAAAUGAAGUCGGGG